AUGUCGACCACUUCUCAGAAGCACAGGGACUUCGUUGCAGAACCCAUGGGCGAUAAACCGGUGACUGCACUGUCGGGAAUUGGCGAGGUCUUGGGAAAAAAACUGGAGGAGCAAGGUUUUGACAGAGCCUUUGUGGUUCUGGGUCAGUACCUGCUGCUGCGGAAGGAUGGGGAGCUGUUCACUGAGUGGCUGAAAGACACCAGCGGAGCCAACACCAGGAACGCUACAUCCUGCUCCCAGUGCCUGAGAGAGUGGUGUGAUGCAUUCCUAUGAGUCCCUAAUGU